GAUGCCUACAGUCAGACACCGAUCAGUACAACAGGACAGCGGACCGCUGAAGGAACAGUUUUCUCCUCUAAUGCCAACAAUGCUUUAGAUCGAGCCCUACCAACCAUGUCCUGGGUGAGGUUCGUGAUACACCAAUCACUAAGAACUACGAUGGUUUACUAAGAGGGUGUUUACAUGAGAAAACUCUCACCGUUGCGAGUUUCAUACUGGGAUGACUUUCUGAUUUCGUAUCGCCUUUACACGAUGACUGGGUCAUUUCAUAUCUCGUUAUUUGAAGAUACACUUGAUGUUGAUAAAAUACACAUGUGAUUCAAAAUCGCAAACAUUACGCAUGCGCUACCCGUUCCAGUCCACCGGCAGACCGAUUUCAAACCGAAACGGGUGGUCGUUUCGCGUUUAUAUGAUACCGUUGCGAGAUUUCGUACCGGGGUAAAAUUCUCGCCCCAGUACAACAACCGGGGUGACUCGCGCCGGCAUGACAUUUUGUGGUGGUAUUCUGUAAACAAAUAUAGAGCCAUGAGAGGGAACCGGAGUGAACUCGCUCCUGGACGAAAGUCGCCACGGUGUCAUGUAAACACCCCCUAAUAGUCCCGCUCGGAAAAUCGUAAUUCGACUAUUGUGAAACAAACGAUAAAAAAAUCUAAAUUACGUUCUAAUUCGCUUCGCUCAAACGAACGUAAAUCAUUUUAUCCUUAAAUUCCCGUAAUACAAACAAAUCACCCGAGAAAUAUGGUAGGAUACGCAAGCGGAUCCAAAACAGUUUAUUAUAAGAUAGAUAGUUACUAAUACAGAGUGGACUGUAAAAAAGAAUUAAAAAGUUUUAUGCAGAAAGUAAUAUACGCUCGAUAAUACAUUACAAAACUAAACACUUAGUUACUAGUAACCUGUUUUCAAGGCUUUCUUCAACAUACAUAUCCUUGGCAGAAUCAGAUUUCCAUCUACCAUGUACCGCAGAAUUCCGAUAAUAACGGCCCGACUAAAGUACAGGAUGUUACUUUCAUGUAGAUUCUGUUUGCUUGUACAUACGUGAACUUAAAAUUGCGAAUUGUAAAUAACAUUUUCUUUUCUUUUACAUGGGAGGGAACCGUAAAAGGGAAUCAAGCUGAAAUGGCAUGUCGUUGAUCCACAAAUUGAGAAGACGGUUGUCAUUUCACAAAUGGCAUAACCAAAUGAGGAGGGGGAACUUCACCAACCCUUCCCCACGAGGAGAUAGCCCGAGUCCUUAAGAGAUCAAUCAGUAAUGGUAUCAGAAAUAUAUUGAGCAACCGGUUGAAAGACGAAGCGUUAAAAAAAAUCCGAUGCGGGGGUAACACCGAAUGAAAGUUUUCUCCCCUACAUUGACUUUUAGAAAGGUUAAAAGAAAUCUUGCAUGUCAACACAGUUUUUAAUCCACAGCAAAAUCUUGGGCGUAAGAUCAAAAGGGGCAUUGUUGGAGAUGAGCUCCCAUGCUGGAAAAUGAUUUUGUAGGUUACCAGCAACAAAAGAGUCGGCAUCUCUGAAGGAGGGCGUGGAAACUUCCCUGCGGGCCUGGCCACUGAUAACAUCAACGAACUUAGAUGCAAUAUUCAUGUUGCCUUCUGCCAUCCCCUGAGCCACCUCAAGAGACGAGUCAUCAAAGUCGACCCAACGCACUUAAGGACUGAUAACACUUGUAAAUUCCCACCGUGGAAUGAUGGGAGAGGCGCCCUUAAAGCGCUUGGAAAGGGGCUAAAAGAAAAGGAAAAGGGGCAAAUAAAAAUGAAGGAGGUGGCUCCGGGGAUGGGAAAUUUGAGCCUCAAAUAA